AUGACAGACUUCUUACAGAUUGUAAUACAAACGGGUUUGGUUGAAAUAGGAGAAGAUUCAGAACGACCGCUGGCAAUCAUAGAAACACACACUGACAGUGGGUUAGGUAAGAAACGCUUUUUGAACACAACAUUUGAAGAGGUCUUAAAUACUAUACACACAGCAACAAGCGAACGAUUUCCCAUCGCAAUAAUUGCCACAUUCACAUGUGUUUAUUUCCUAAUCUUCCUGUCGUCUAUCGUGGGGAACUCAUUUGUUCUUUGGCUGUGUUACAAACUAAAACGACAACGAGAGUCUCCUUUGACGUGUUGCAUCGCCAACGUAGCAAUUGCAGACGUAGCAUUUACGGUAAUUAUUUUUGACUUGAUAGCAUUCUUAUGGACCUGGGUCGGCGGCGAAAUACCCUGUAAAUUACAAAGCUAUUCCAUUGAAGCAUGUUGUUCCACCUCCCUAAUGGCUCUUGCUCUUAUUAGUUUUGAGCGUCUGAAGGCCAUGGUAGACCCUUCAAGUGUCAGACUCGUCACUAGGGAAGACAUGCUACCAAAGUUUAUAGCCGUUUGGUCAGUUAGCGCAGUCGUCGCUUCGCCUUUGCUUUAUGCUUAUCAAACCCAAACAGAUGACACAGGAACCGUUUCCUGCACGAAUAUCAUGUUCGGGGAUUUAGCGCGACAGAUUUAUCACACAAUUCACGCAUUUUGUUUUUUCUUUGUACAUGAUAGUUGUUCAAAAGAGAAUUUUCUUUCCUUACGCUCAAGAUUUGCAUCAAAUAACUCAAACAUCAUAGCUUCCGUACGGUAUAAGCGGCAUUUCAAAGUGGCCAAGGUCUUGGCAGCUCUUACAAAAGCGUUUCUUAUAUGUUGGUCGCCUUUCAUGGUCGCACGCACGAUGAUGUACUUCCAUCUCACUAAUGGCCGUUAGGUAUGACGAGCGUCUCAGUUCUUGAUUCUGUUAAAUACGGUCUUAGAUCCAUUAUUAUACGGAGUCUAA